CUAAUUUUCCUAUUGGAAGUCUCCCUCGCCGCCCACCAAAUAACAGCAAGGCUUUCCACUUCCCAAACCCCCGCACAAGCACACGCAGGGUCAUUUUUAAAACAUACAACUAUACAAGUACGCCACCUGCCAAUCCUCUCUAUUCCGGGAGCCUCUGCUCUUCCAUCGACUCCGUCUCGCUGAUUUCUCUGAAACCAAGUUUUCCACCUUGCUCCCAGUCGGAACUCCUCGUGCUUGCUCGAUCUGUCCUAGAAUGGCCUUGAAGUUGGGGUCUGCGAGUCUCUGGGAGACUAAUGCGAUGGGAUUGAAUCAUAAGGCCGAUAAGAGACUAGCAGCGCUCCAUGGCGUCGAUGUUAGAUCCAGCUUCCUUAAGCCGGUUAAAGCAACCUCUGGUUACUCUAACAAUGCUGCGUCAUUGAUAAAUGAUUGUGUUGUCAUUUCGGGAAAAAAUUUCCACCAGAUGGCAACCGUAGGGAAGUCGACGAACAUCGUAUGGCACAAAUGUCCAGUGGAGAAAUUUGAUAGGCAAGAGUUACUUAUGCAAAAAGGGUGUGUCAUAUGGAUAACCGGUCUUAGUGGUUCAGGAAAAAGCACUUUGGCAUGUACUUUGAAUCGAGGCUUGCAUUCGAGAGGAAAGCUGACCUACAUUCUUGAUGGUGACAAUGUCCGGCAUGGUCUAAACAAUGACCUUAGUUUUAAAGCAGAAGAUCGUGCAGAAAACAUACGAAGGAUUGGCGAGGUAGCAAAGCUAUUUGCAGAUGCAGGCAUCAUUUGCAUUGCUAGUUUGAUAUCUCCCUUCAAGAAGGACAGAGAUGACUGCCGUGCAUUAUUGCCAGAGGGAGAUUUCAUUGAGGUGUUUCUGGAUGUGCCACUGGAAGUGUGUGAAGCAAGGGACCCAAAGGGACUGUACAAGCUUGCACGAUCUGGAAAGAUCAAAGGUUUUACAGGAAUUGAUGAUCCGUAUGAACCUCCAGUAAAUUGCGAGAUAGUAUUACAGCAGAAGGGAGAGGACUGUAUUUCCCCAUGUGAAAUGGCUGAAACAGUGAUAUCUUACUUAGAGGAGAGAGGCUACCUGCAGGCCUGAUAUCUGGGAAACGCCAUUCACUUCCUGCUUGCUGAUAUGCUUUCCUUUUACGUGUAAUGUAGUUUGCUGCAAUAAAAGCGAUGACCGUGAUCAGGAAACGACUUGUUUCCUGUGUUUGUUGAUCUGGUCUUCAAUAAGGUUCCUCCAAUUUUAGAUAAAUUAAUCGAUCGAUUAAUUAAUGUCGCUACUUAAUUGGGUUGUGGUAGCCACUUUGUGCAGCAUGGCUUCCAUAAUUUAGAUAUCAGUCGUGCUCUGGUGUGUAUGAUGUAUGUAUCAUUUGGUGACAAGGACAUUAUUAUGCAAUAACAAGUCAGCCCACCUUGUAGAAAUAUUUAA